UUCAUUUUGUUUUUGCCAGUCGAUGACUUCGGAGUAAAAAUCAGAGAAUAAAAAUGAGUUACGUUUCCUGGAAAAAUCGCGGAGCUGAAAUGCUUAAGUCUGGUCUCUUUUCCGAUAUUUGCAUACUCGUUAAGGACUCCAAAUUCCCUUGCCACCGAUUUAUGCUGGCCCGUGCCUCGGAGUUUUUCGAAAAAUUGUUUCAAAAAGAUGGCUUAAAGAAUGGAAGCGUGCGUUUGGAGGAAACAACACCCCAGGUGUUUCAAAUUAUUCUGAAUAUUAUUUACACUGAGAAGAAUGAGCUCUUAACAGGCCUUGAAAGCGAUAUAUUAAUACAAGUUUUGAAAAACGCGAAUAUUUGGCUAAUACGUGAAGUUGAACAAUGUUGCACUGAGCUUCUUAGAAAAAGAGCAGAAAAUAUGAACUUUGAAUUAUUAAUAGAAUUGUAUGCAGAAUUUUUCCUUCUCGAUAACAAGAGUUUUUUGAAGGAGAUUAUUGAGCUUCUUCAAAAGCAAUCGGACAAAAGCAAUGAAACUUUUUCAAAGGUGUCUAAUCUAAGCUUCAAUUGCUUCAGGGACUUCGUUCAGAGCACUUCGCACAUUUAUUCUGAAAGUACACGUUUUGCUAUGGUUGAAAGUUGGAUUCUGAAAAAAGUGGAUUUUGAAAAUAGUUCCAUUAAUUAUUAUAAGUGCAUAAUAAGUAACAUUAAUUUUAAGAAAAUGUCAAUUCAAGAGUUUCGGGAUGGACCGGGAAAAUCAAUACUCUUGUCUGAUAAAGACAAGUACGAAAUAUUGUCUGAAAUAUCAGAGAAAAACCACAAAAGAAUUUUUGAUUCUCGGAACUGUAAGCUAAUAGCGACUUUAGUUGAAACCUUCUUCUACAAAAACGAUUAUAGGAACAUUUCGUGUGUAAUCUUUGCGACAGAGGACUUUCAAAUAGUGUAUCGGCGUGGAAAUAUGAAUGUAACAGAUCAGUAUUUGUUAGAGUUAUUCAAGAAGGUAUUACCAAAAAUGAUUAAUGAACAUAUUGUCCGAGAUUCAAAUGGGGUAAUUUUCGUGGACAAAACACUACAUACUAUUCUGUUUGUAAGGUGUGAAACAGGUUGCUACGAAAGUUCUAGUUUGCCAAGGUAUCUUAAAGAUCGUCAAUUUUAGAAGACAUCAUUUAAAACAAGAAAGGAAAGCUAACUUCGGGCGGAGCCGAAGUUUAUAUACCCUUGCAGUUGAGUCGCAGUCCGCUAGGUGGCGCCAGGCAUCUUAUAUUAUUAGAUAUAUAACGGAUCGUAUAUAGUCAGGCGAUCCUUAUGAAAUUUGGCAUAUCGAAUUAUUUUGUCCAAAGAGGCAUCCAUUGAAAGUCCUAUCCUUCUAACUUGAAAAACAACGAAGUUAUGGCAUUUCCGAUUAAUCAGUUAUAUGGCAGCUAUAGGAUAUAGUCGACCGAUCCUGGCCGUUCCGACUUAUGUACUGCCUGCAACAGAAAGAAGGGUGUGUGCAAAGUUUCAACUCGAUAGCUUUAAAAUUGAGAGACUAGUUUGCGUAGAAACAGACAGACAUACGGACAUGCUUAUAUCGACUCAGGAGGUGAUCCUGAUCAAGAAUAUAUAUACUUUAUAGGGUCGGAGAUGUCUCCUUCACUGCGUUGCACACUUUUGACCAAAAUUAUAAUACCCUCUGCAAGGGUAAAAAAAUAAAAUAAUGUUAACCUAAACUUAUGAAAUUUUUGGUUCGCGUCAGAUAUUAGUCGACCAGAUAGUACAAAGUCACACCUGUGAAUGGCUAAUGAAAGUUAAAGCAAGUAAUCCUCACUUCGAUAAUACAAUUUUUGAAGUAUUCUCUUGGCCUUAUCAAAGUUUUACUCUACUGCAAAUAACUACUCUAAAGCAGAAAAAAAAUUCUCUUUACUUUCAUAUUUAGACUAGCAUGUUUUUUUAUUAUUUCCUUAUCAUGUACACGGUGAACGAAAUUUCAGUACUGCAAUUUUUUGAUAAAAUGUUUCAAAGAUAUGGUUUAGAUUCGGGAGAAGUGCGUCUGAAGAAUACGGCCCUAGGGUCGCACCUCUAGAGGUGUUUUCAAAUAAUAAGUUUUUUGAAAGGGAUUAUUUAGUUAAGUUGUAUUAUCCUUUAUAUGGCAAGUAAAGAUCUUCCUGUUUUGAA